AUGAGUUAUCAUAUCUGCACAGAAGAUGGCAACGAAUUUUGGGCUGAUGCGGAUUUAAUCGAGCAUUUACGAAAGCAGCACUACGCUAAUUUUAUCAGAAGACCUGGACGCCUGGGAAUCAUGGACAACCAUGGGCAUAUCUGGUAUUGCUUCGAAUGUGAACGGUCUACAAGCGAUCAUAGGAGUUUCAACUCUGACCGAGCCAUGCUGAGCCAUCUUAAAGAUUGCCACCGAGAUCUUACAGCUUCUGUCUGUGAGCAUUAG